CCCCAGGAGGACCCCCCCCCCCUCCGUUAUAAUCCCCUUUGGUUUCAAGAGGUGUUAUUGGAUCUUGUAGCCGCUUUAUAAUGACCUCUAGCACCACAGGAGAUCGAAGAUGGGGUACUACAAGAAGAAGUGGCAUGACUAUAUUGGGAAAGGUUGCUGUUCCAAAACCGAUUAAUUUACCAAGCCAAAGGUUAGAGAACCAAGGCCUUGACCCUAACGUGGAAAUUGUUCCAAAGGGAACCCUUAGUUGGGGCAGUAAAUCAUCACUGAAUGCUUGGGGGACAUCAUCGUUGUCACCACGAACUGAAAGUGGCCCUGGUUCACCAAGCCACCUCAGUAAUCGACCUUCUUCUGGUGGAAGUGUCACUCGACCUUCAACUGCUGAUAGUAACAAAGCACAUGACUCUUCUUCUUCAGUUGCAUGGGAUUCAAACUCUCGGCCUUCAUCAGCAUCUGGGGUGUAUCCAUCUAAUCAGGCGUCAGUUGCACUACAACGUCCACAUAGUGCAGACACAAGACCAGGAAGUUCCCAGUUAUCCCGAUUUGCUGAACACGUGUCAGAGACUUCUGAAACAUGGGGUCAACAUGUGCCGGGAGAGAAGUUGGGAGUUGCUCCAUCAAAGAAUGAUGGAUUUUCUUUGACUUCUGGAGAUUUUCCUUCCCUUGGUACUGAAAAAGAGAGUUCUGAAAAGAGCACAAGGCCACAAGAUGCUGGACCUCGCUCUCGUCCUCCAUCUUCGUCUGGAAGAUCUGUGGAAGAGCAAGGUGUAGAUUGCACAAAAGAAGUUAAUGAACGGAUUGGAGAUGCCAAUUCCUGGAGAAGAGAUGAUCAACCAUACAGUGAAGAUGCACAUAGACAUUGUAGAGAAGAAGGGCAAUUGGACCCCCGUGGUCCACAAUCUUAUCCUAAUGCUAAUUUUCCUCAUCAGUAUGAUGCUUGGCGUGGUCCUCCAGUAAGUAAUCAUCAAGGUGGUGGCUGGUACAGAGGGAACCACCCAUAUGGUGCCCCAAUGGGUCCUGGGGGUUUUCACAUGGAUCCUUUUCCAUUUUAUCCUACACAAGUUCCACCUGCUCCUGGACAUGGGGCUGGUCCUAGGGGUAAUCACUCUAGUAAUGAAAGGAUGUUCAGACCUCCAAUGCUUGAUUCUUAUGUACACCCAAGGAUGCAGUCUAGGCCUGGGUUUUAUGUUGGUCCAGCGCCGCCCGAAGGCUACUAUGGUCCUCCCAGGGGGUAUGGCAAUCCCAGCAACAGAGACCUGCCUUUUGCAGGUAGGCCUGCUGGUCCGCAUACUUAUAAUAAUCAUUCUGGUCAAGGUGGAUAUGAUAUGCCUGGAAGCGAGCCACCACAUUCGCAAGAAACACAUAGGCUAUACAACGAGCCAUCACAUUCUCAACAAACACAAAGGCCAUACAACGAGCCAUCACAUUCUCAAGAAACACAUAGGCCAUACAAGGUUCUCUUAAAGCACCAAGAUGGGAGGUUGGGGGAAGAUAAAGCAAAGCGGGAAGAAUUUCUAGGAAAUAGGCUCCCGAAUGCAGAGAAGGUAACUCAACAGCUGCAAACUUCAAGAAACGAGAGGAUAGAAAAUAGAAAUGAGGCAAGUGGUGAAGUACAACCAGCUAAGGCAGAACUUUCUGCUUCCGGAGAUUCCAGUUUGAUUCAGAAAAUCGAGGGCUUAAAUGCUAAAACUAGAACUAAUGAUGGUUGGCAAAAUGCAUCAUUUGUCGUCAAUAGAGAUGAUCAGGAAAGUAAACCACGUACAGUCAAUUCUGGGAACGCCGUAAAUAAAGUUUCAGCAAUAAAUCUUCGAACUGGUCAUGCCAGUGAUAGUAAGAACAUAUUACACUCUAAUCAAGGUGAUCCUGCCACAAGCAAAAAUGCUGAGCUGGCAGCUACGAGUGGAACUGCCGUAUCCAGGAGAUCUACUCAACAGAAUCAAGGCAGAGCAGAUCCCCAGACCAAACGAAUAGUGAACAGUGAAGGCAAUGAUGGUUGGCAGAAGACAACUGUUAUGUCGGGCUCCUCCCGUGCNCCAUCUUCGUCUGGAAGAUCUGUGGAAGAGCAAGGUGUAGAUUGCACAAAAGGUUUUUACUCAAAANCCGAUUCCAUCAGGAGGCCUGGGUCUGGAAUAUUAGCAGACCCAAACGACAACCAGCGUUCUACGAUGAGAGAGUUAGCCAGGCAGCGAGCUCAACAGAGGCAGAAAGAGGAGGAAGAAAGAGCAAGAGAUCAGCGGGCUAAGGCUCUUGCAAAACUAGAAGAGUUGAAUAGACGUUCCCAAGUAUCUGAGGAAGGUUCAGUCAAGAACAUGGAAGCUGCAUCUAAUGCUUCUCUUUCUGACAUGCCAAAAGACCCUGGGUCUCAUUCACCAGUCACUGUUGCAGCUGCAAAUUCCGUAGAACCUACUUUAGGAUCAGGGAAAAACACGAGGGCUUCAACAGAAUAUGCAAAUAAUGUGGGCCCUACCAAACAGGAUAAUCUUCCACGUGAUCGUGAUGGCACUGCCUUAAAACAAAAGCGUUUGGGGUAUAGGCAGGUAUUUGAGAAAAAAACGGCAGGAAGCUCUGUUGCUACUAUAGAGGUGUUCGAUGUUGUUCCAUCUCCUCAGGUUGUUAAUGAAGGUGUGUCAAGCCAUAAUUCAGGCAUGCCAGUAACGUCAAGCGUUUCAACGGAGUCAACUUUCACGAAAAGAAAAAAUAACAGGAAUGGUAAGAAAAAACACAAGGCUGAGGAGACAACAAUGUUGAAUACGACAAGAGCUGCCGUUGGAAAAGAAAAAAAUUCAGGAGAUGAGUCAAUUGAGGCUGGUAGGACAAGGGCAGUUGAAAUGGAUUUGGGGUCUGUUUCAGUUCCAAGCUUGGAUAUCAAAGUGUCUGGUGAUUCGUCUGAACAAAUCAGUUCCUUCACUAAAGAAGACUCUCAAAACAGAGCAAAAAACAACUGGAAAUCUCAACAUGUGCGUAGGACUCAAAGAAACUCACUGGUAAAUAAGCCUGCAGAGAAAUUUCCUGGUAACAAUGCUGUUAUGUGGGCUCCGGUACAUCCACAGCAGAAAGCUGAUGUUUCAACAGGUGUAGGGAGUCAGAACACUCUCCCUGAAUUUGGCACCUCUUCGAAGAGUCAGCAUCAAGGGCAGACUAGUUCUAAAAGUAAAAGAGUGGAGAUUGAAAGAUAUGUAGCGAAACCCAUUGUAAAGGAAAUGGCUGAGCAAAUUGUCAGUAAAAAUGUAACCGCUGCUGCUCCAGAGAUGUCGGAUAAUGGAAACCAGAAAGAUAAUCGUGGAGGUGAAGGUACAGGAAUUCUCCAACCUUCUGGUUCAACUGCAGGCAAAUCUAGAUCUCCUUCAAAGUCAAGACACGGGAAUGGUAGGCAGGGAAAGCAUGGUAGAGAACAUGGAUCAUGGCACCAGAGAGGUUCUGGAGCACCUACUAAAGCUUUGGAGGAUGGCCAAUUUGUAACCUCAAAUCAACCCAUCCAAGGAACAGUGAACUAUCACUCUAGUAAUCAAACCGAAAAAAUUUCUUCUAAGGAUCAAACCACAUGUAAUGAUGAUGGAUGGAACGAUGGCUGGUAUAUGACUCCUGAAACGCAUUACUCUGCUGCUGAAGAAGUGGAAGCAAGUGCUGUUGGAAAAGAUCAAGGAAUGGGCAUUCACGGCAAGCAGCAUGCUUCCAGAAGCAACAAAGAUGGAGGAAGUAACUAUGGUGACCCUAAAAAAGCCAAUAAGAAGGAUUUCAAUAAAGCUCAUAUGCAGAACUCUGGCCAGGGGUUUAGUCAACCAGAUCUUCCCGUUGCUUCAAAAGAAAGCCGUGGCCCUGGAGAUCAAGUGUGGCAUACAGCUAAUAGGACAGGUAAGUAUGGAGGUCGUGAAAGUACGAGGGAGAAAACUUAUGGAUCUCAGAAAAAAGAUGUUGCUGGAUACGAGCAUCAAGGGGUUUCUACAGAACAGAAAAUGACACCAGCUGAUACACAACAAGCCCAGUCGCAAAACCGAUCUACCAAUAAGGAUGUCCAGGUUGAGCAUAAUCCGAAUAGUAUGUUCCAAAAGAACACAGGGCAGGGUCGACGAUUUGGAAGAGGGCAUGAGUCACAAGGAGGCUGGGGUUUAGCGGCGCAAGAGAAUAUGCCCCAUCACCAUCAGAGGCCAACUUCAAACAGAGAUAGACAGAAGCAAAAUGUGCAUUAUGAAUACAAACCUGUUGGUUCUCAUACUUAUGAUGGAGAGCGUAACCGAGAACAACAAUCGAAAGAUACAGAAGGUCCACGAUACAGGGAGAAGGGACAGGGGCAGCAAAGGCAUGGUGGAUACCAACAGCAAAGGGGUACGAGUGGGAGAAACACUGGUCAUGGAUUCACAGGUGAGAGAAACUAAGAUUGGCCUCUCUUGUGUUUAUUAGGGUAGUAAGAGCUGCGAUGCUGAGGAUAAUUGCAUUUUGUGAGAUAUGGCGAUUGAGGAAGCUGUUUCGUAGGCACAUAAGCUUGUGGGAUUGCUGAGAGGGAGACGUAUCCGAGGAGGCAUUGGCAGAAUCAGAUAACAAAAGUAUUUGCUCAUGAGGGUUUAUUAUAUAUAUUUUGAGUCACUUGUUUGAAUAUGCAUAAUUUACUGUAGUAUACAUUUGAUGGCAAUUGGACUGACCUUGUUUCGUUUAAGCCGUUGCUUUUUUUUAUUGCUGCGUUUUCCUAUGUUCUCAGAGUGCGGGAGUCAUCUUACAUGACGUCCUAGGCUACUUUGAUUCCAAUUUUUUUUUGUUUAACGUUGAGACUGAAGUUAUGUAUGCCAUCCCAACUAGUUUGGUAUC